GCUCCAUCUUUCACGUAUCACACAAUAUUAGUCACCACCAACUAAGAAGAAUAAAAUCAACCUUCACAUUAAAAUAAUCAAUUAGAGCUCUAAAUAUUUAGAGCCAAGACAAUUAAAUUCUCCUCAUUACCUUGCUGCUAACAUCAAUCAACUAAUUGAUCAUAAAUAUGUCCAUCAAUGAACAAGAUAUUCUAGAGAAGGUGAUGCUUUCCAUAAGUGAUUUUUUCACAUUAGAACCUAGACAGAAAUGUAGAGGAGGAAUUGUUUUAAAAAGUGCUUAUAAAGAUAUAUUAUCUUUUUUAAAGUUGAAGAAAUCAAAGAACCAAGUGAAAGUUUUUUCAAUUGAUUUUGAUUCCAAGCAUCAAAAUCACAAUGACCCUUUUGAUUAUAUGAAUUAUGAGAAGCUUCCUAAUGAAAUGGAAGAUUCUAUGUUUCAUUCUAUUCAACCUUCAGCUCCACCAAUUCCAGAUUCUGCCACUAUUGGAAUAUUCAAAGCUAAUAUGUUAUCUAACUUAGACAUUGAUUAUGUUCCUUUGCUAGAAAAAGUUUGCAAUAUUCAUCCUUGUUUAAUAGAGUGCCAAAUGAAAAGGACUCCAAAGUAUGCAAGUUGGGCUUUUAUAUCACUUGGAAGGGUUUUGCAUUUUCUUGAGAUCACAAAGGUGGAAGAAAUGAAUGAAGAGGAAUGUGAAUGGCUUCAAAAAUUAUGGGAAGAAGUUCAAGUGUUUGGAUUUGACUUGUCAUGGCUUGCACCUCAAGUGGAGUUUGUAUUGAAUUAUGUGGAGAAAAUGAGCAAGCUAAAUAAACUUGAGGAGGAAAAGAAGAGGAUAGAGGUGAGAAUUCAAGAAUUAAGCAUGGAAUUAUUUGAGACAGAGAAACAAAUGGAAAGUUCCAAAGGUGUUGUGGGUUGGUGUUUAGUUUAGUUUUAUAUGGCAUUGUAGUUUUGUUAGAUGAUAUAUAAUACAUGUCAUUUGUUUUUCGUUUACUCUUUCAAAAUCAUUGGACAUUAUUGUUGCUAUUGUUGAAUUGAAGAACCAUUUGGUAACAUUUGUUUGGGAAUUUUAAUUUGUAAGAGGGAUUCUCCUUUU